UCUCGUGUAUUCUGGUUCCAGGGCAGUGUAAUCUCGCGCGACAAGGAUGAUGCUAUUGACGUGUGGCCGAUGGCGUCAGCCGGAGGCUGGUACGUCCUGGAGACGAACUACGACCACUGGGUGAAGCCUUUGUUUCUGGACGACCGACGGGGCCCGGCCAACCAGUGCAUGAGGGAGACUACACAGCAGGGGGUAUCUCUUCCUGCACUGUUCAAUGUCCUGUCAACGAAGCCCGUCCUUAAUAAGGGAACCGUCUACACAGCGCUGAUGCACGUGGAGAGCGGCCAUCUUGAAACCUGGAUCCGAGAGUGUGAAGACCCGUGCCCUCCAUUUUGAUGUUGAUAUAGAAAACUAUGGAUUAUAUUUGUUAAUCAAUAACAGACAUAUAUAGUGUUUAGUCAGUAAAGGUUGUUUACGAGGACA